AGGAAAGAGGAAGCAGCUCCUGCUUUUCAACUGAGAAAGCAGGAGAAGGGGAGGAAGAGCGGAAAAACAGUUGUCUUCUGAAACAAGGAAGAAGGCCACCUGCCUGCUUUCGUUUCCCUGGUAAAUAUUUGACUGGAUGUUUGCCUUUUUCUCUGUGGUUUUUGGGUGCUGUGAAGAGAACUGGGCAGGACACCAGACUCUCAGAAGCCGUCCAUAACUAAGAGGCCUGAGAAGCCCGCAGCACAGUCCAGAGAGGCAGACUGCUCACGGGGGCCGCACGCACCGCUCCUCCCGCCGAGAUGCUUUCCCCAAACUCGAGAACCAGGCAGCUAAACGGCACCUGUGUCGGCUCGGUGGACUUGGAGCUCUUCCUCCAUUAUUCCCUCAUCCCAUCACUUUUCAUCAUUUUGAUCUUGUCCUUUCUCCAAAGACGAGAGCACCGUAAGCAGAGAGAGGACCCUUCUCACCUCCUGGGGAACCGCUUUGAAAUCAUCAUACCUCUGGACUUCGUGGGCACUUUUAGUAACCGAUGGUCCUAUGGAAUCGCCUUUGGGGCCACAGCCAAUAAGGUUAUGUUCUUGUUCUCAGAAGGCUACCAGCCCUUGCAGAUCCCACAGUGGGCCCAAGCCUUUGUGCUGCUGAUCGGAGGCAUGGAAGUCGGCCUGUCCCACUUCCCCUUCUUCACCUGCCUCUCGUCGGAGUUCCAGCUGCUCAGCUCCGUCCUCGGCUUCAGCUACUCUCUGAUCUGGCUAGGCAGGGGGCAGCCACAGUACCCCAAACCUGUUUGUGUCCUGUAGGUUUGCUGUCACCGUCCUUUACAUCACAGAGUGUCC